AGUCAGCUCUCGGGAGGUUAUGGACAGUCCCGCAGGACAUAUCAUACUUGUAGUGGAGCUUAAAGUGUUCUGCUCGCACGACGUCGCACUGGACUGCUGGGAUUAAAAGAGAAGCGACUCCCUGUUUUUGUGAGGAUGUUUGUCAUCCCUGUCGUUGUGGUUGUUGUUGUAGGAAACAUCGCCACUUCAGUAGAUCUCUCUGGAGUGAAUCUCGAUUGCACCAGCGACUAUGAGAAGCUGAUGUCUUGUCACUUUGAUGCUCCAAGCUGCACUGACUACAAUGUGACUAUGUGGAGCCUUGAUGGUUAUGGUGAGAGCUACUGUCUUCCCGUGCAGUGUGCGAGUGGAAAAUGCUGCUGCUCCAUCAGUAUGAUUUUGAUAUUGGACAAGAAUCACAUGGCAUUCGUUCGGAGAGGUGGCGAAUAUGUUGAGUCCAAAAACAUAAGUGUGAAACACAGCAUCAAACCCCAAACCCCAACCAUCUUCUCAGUGAAUGAGACCAACGGGAAUUUUCAAGUCAUUUGGAGGACAAACAUCAACAAACGCUCCAUAAGAGAAAUAAUAAGCACAAAUCUGACUUACCGCAAAAAAGGAGAUACAAAGGAGGUGACCGAAGUAGUCAAAGCACCACAAGUGGAGACGCCACUGUGUUACCCGUGUGUUUCCACUGAAAUACUUGGUGCGCACUUGGAGCCAAGUACAACCUAUGAUGUCACAGUCCAAAGCUUCCUGCCUUGGAAGAGCCCACCGAGUGACCGCAGCAAGGAGUACGAAUUUUCAACCCCAGCGUCCCGUGAGAGCCUCUUACUGACCCUCAUAAUUAGCCUCAGUCUGGUCGCCAUCACAAUGAGCAGCGUGGCAUACGUCAGCUAUGUGAAGUGUAGAACCAAGUAUUGGGACUCAGUCAGCGACUAUCAAAAUUCCAAACUUCUUGACAUAAAUCCGAGUGAAGUAGAGGUUUUGAAGCCUAUGCCGCUCAUCAUCUCAUCGAUCGAUGUUGAGACCCUCACCCCAGAUGGCCUGAAACCAUGGUCAAAAGAUUCCCUAAUUGACAGCAGUACCGAGAGUCUCCUUCAAAGUAGUGGAACCAGUAGCGGCCCACCUUCUCUCAGUUACGCUUGUACAGAAGCUGCAGACAUCAUUGCAGGCGUCCAAGGGGCACUCAGCAAAGCCUUAAUGAACAUCAUCCCGGUAUCAGCUCCAACAGACCAUCUGCUAAAAGACUCCAACAAACCCACCAGUGCCUUGUUCACUCAUCCCAGUCCCUGCAAUAGCGAGCAACAUUCGGAAUUGGAAAAUACAGUUACAUACUCCUUUAUCAGGCCUAGCUGUCCAGUACAGGUAAAAGCUGACCCUUUAAAGAGUCAUGCCCAGCCUGAAAUGCCAUGCGACUGCAGUUACCAAGAAACAGGUGGCGUGUCAACUUGCGACAAGCGAGCAUCAGCUUGUGAAGAAAACAUGUUCCCAACCUUUGUCUCUUUCUACACACUGACUGCCACGUCUCACCAGCGGUGCAGCAGAGAUUCUGGGAGGUUUUCAAAUGGUGAAAACUCAGACGCGUCUCUCAGCUGCAGCAACACAAGCCUGUCUGGAGAUGUUGAAUCCAGAGUGGCAGCAGAACACGAGCAUUGUCAAGAGAUGUUUAGUGGGGCUUGUGGCAAAGGGGAGGAUGCCACCAAGGAGAGUGAAGGUCACAUCUGUAUCCCUGCAAGCUUACAAGGCACCUUUCCAGUAGAUGUUAACUACCAACCCUUCCAGGGUUUAAGAGAACUCUCUGAUAAUCAAUUUGACGAGCAGAAAAGUGAUAAAAAAGCCCCGAACAAGGUUUUAGAAAAUUCCUUAGAAGAUGCCACUAAAGGCAAUAACUGCAUACCUGCAAGUUCAAACCACUGUUUUCCAAUUGAUGACAGCUACCAAGCAUUUCAGGCUUUCAGGGACCUCGCUGAAUGUCAGUUUGAAGGGCAGAAAAGUGUUAAGAAACUAGACCUGGACAAUGUUUUAGAAAUUUCCUCAGAAGAUGCCACUAACGGCGAUAACUACGUACCUGCAAACUCAAACCGCAGUCUUCUGAUGGCUGACAGCUACGAAGUUUUACAGGGUUUAAAGGAACUCUCAGAUGAGAAGUUUGGAGUGCUGAAUAGUGUUAAAAAACGAGACCUGGACAAUGUUUUUGAAAAAUCCUUAGAAGAUUUCACUGAAGGUGAUAUCUGCAUCCGUAAAAGCUCAAACUACAGUUGUCUGGUUGAUGACAACUACGAAUCAUUUAAAGGUUUAAGGGAGCUCUCUGAUUGUCAAUUGGAAGAGCAGAAAAGUGGUAAAAAAGUAUCGGACAAGGUUUUAGAAAAUACCACUCAAGGUGAUAGCUGCGUGCCUGCAAGCUCAAACUACAAUUGUCUGGUUGAUAACAACUACAAAGCAUUUCAAGGUUUCAGGGAGCUCUCUGAUAAUCAGUUUGGAGAGCAGAACAGUGGCAACAAAGAAGACUUGAAGGUUUUAGAAAAUCACUUUGAAGAUGCCACUAAAGGUGAUAACUGUGUACGUGCAAGCUCAGACCGCUAUCUUACGGUGGCUGACAGCAAAGAAGCAUUUCAGGGUUUAAGGGAGCUCUCUGAUAGUCAAUUUGGACAGCAGAACAGUGGCAAGAACGAAGACUUGGAGAAGGCUUUCGAAAAUUACUUUGAAGUUGCUUGUAAAGGUUAUACCAGCAUCCCUGCAAGCUCAAACCGCAGUGUUCCUGUAGAUGAUAACUACCAAGCCUUUCAAGGUUUAAGGAAGCACUUGUAUAAUCAGGUUGGAGAGCCAAAAAGUGGUGAAAAAGAGAACCUGGGCAAGGACGUAGAAAACCCAUUCGACGAUGCCCCUAAAGCUGAUAAUUACACUUGCGUCCUUGUAAACUUACUAAACAGUCUUCCAGUCGAUGACAACGACCAAAUGUUUCCGUGUUUGUAGAAGCAGAUGAACAUUAAGUUUGCAAACCAGAGAAGUGGUGUGAAAGAAGAAUUGGAAAAUGUUUGACAAAAAUCCUUUGACGAUGCAACUAAAAGCUAUCCCUGCUUGCCUUCAAGCUUAAACCACUCUCUUCCGGUUAAUGUUAUCCACUAAAGGUUUUAGGAUAUUCAGAAGCAGUCUGAUCAGGUUGGAGUGCUAAAAACUGGUGAAAAUAAGGACCAGGUACGUUUUUAGAGACUGCAUUAAAAGAUGCCAGUCGAGGUGAUGAAGGCUGCACCUGCGUUCCUAUAAGUUUACAAGAUAUUCUCCAGGUGGAUGACAACUACCAAGUGUUUUGGGAUUUAAGGAAACAGCCUGAUAUAAUUGCUUGCGGGCCAGAGAAGUGACCUGACCGAAGAAGACUGAAAAGCUGUCGGAAAAGUCCUGAGGAGACACCGCUAAAGGCGAAAACUGCGCACCUGAAAUCAUACAAGACAGUCUUCCUGUGGAGGACCACUACAAAGAUUUUCAUUCUAUAUCGAAGCAGUCUGAUAUCAAGUUUGCAGAAGAGACAUGUCAAGAAAAAAAAAAAGACUUUGAGAAGGCUUUUGAAACUUCAUUACCAAUAAUGCCCGGAGACCCCUCAGGCCCAGUAGCGCCGGUGUCGACCGAACAUGUUCAUUGUAGUCGAGUGUCGUGUAGUCCCUGAGGCCCAAAUACCUUUUUUUCCCAAUGGACUCCACUAGCCUUCCAAAUCUAAUUAUUACUGAGAGAUUGUUGGAUUUAUCUUACCAAACAUAAUGAAUAAACACAAAAGGAUUGAAGACGUUGGUCAUUUUACUCAUGAGGAGGGCGCAUGGGAGAUUGUUCAGGUUACAGCCUCUCAACACGCUCUAAACAAUCUCCCCCGUCGCUCCUACAUUUAUUUGAAAAUAGGAGGGCUCUACAAGACAUAAUGUUCUAAGCAUUAAGACACAACACAAAACAUAGGACCAGACGACACCUGUCCCGUCCCCGACCACAUCCGAUCACGUCCUUGGUCAAGGCGCCCUUCCAUCAAAUGUUGCUGAGUCAUCUUCUUGAAGGCGAGACAUCUUUGCAAGCUACUAAUGCAAAAUACUCAUGCAAGCUAAGCAAAUAAAUGAUAACUACUAAAAUAUAUCUAACAGUGAACUAGGAAAAAUGGCUGGUACUGAACAUGGUGGCAGGUUUGACUGGACGUGACUUAAUUGGAGCCGUGGAACAACGUGUGGGAACAGGUGAAAAAUUAAGUGACUUGUGAACAGGGAAAAAACGAGGGGGCAAAAUUUGACCUUUACUUGGGCGCCUCCGUUGGCCACCACGCGGCGGUCCCGGGUAGAUGGCCAAACGGGUGCCCAAGAAAAGGUCCGAGGGAAAGGUUUUGGACUCACUGGGGUUGGAAACGGGGAGACGUGACAAAAACUGACGAGGACGGGAUAAAGUAGGGAAGGAACCAGAAAAAUCUAAGUCUGUGUCAGAGUCAGAAUCAGACAGAAGGUUAACUAAAUCGGGGCCAUCUUCACAAUCAGAAAAAUCAGAAUCUAAAGAAACAUGUGGAUGUAAAAUGGUAGAGCAUGGUGAAUAACUAGGACAAGUGGGGGGACCCGAUGAAAAGGACAGAAAAGACUGAACGAUGGGGCUUACUGGAGGAGGGUAGGUAUGGAUGGCAGGCUGAGGACGGUGGGAGGCAGUUUGGUGGUGUCCAGGGUGACGCCAUCUUCUUCCCGCUGGGUCCUGUUCUGGUCGGUUCAUUCUGUCACGUACGUGGUUAAGGCGAGGGCGAGUAAAGCAAGGUAAGAACAUGGUGGACCCAAUUGCAGGGAAGCAGGGAGGCAAGGCAGGAGUGCGGGAGUCUCAAAAUAAUAUUUAAUCUUAGAAAAGGGAAAACUGAACAAAGUCCCACAACAGAUACCAAUCAAAUCAAAGUAACAAAGAAACACUCGAAUAUCUAAAACUGGAAACAAACUAUGACCUGUGAGUAAGAUGUGGAAUAGAAACGGAAAAUGACACCUGACAAUGACAUACCACAAUGAUAAAGACAACUGACGACUAUGACAUGGCAAAGACAUGUGACAACGACAAUGAACCGACAAGAAGUGAAAGAAACCAGGGAACUAAAUACAAACAGAUAAACGAGACAACGAGGAACACCUGGACAAGACAUGAGUGGCUGGAGAGAGCUGAUUGGUCGACACAAAGCAGACGAGAACAGGUGGACACAACAACUUAAUGAGCACACGACAAACAUGGAACACAGGAAAACAUGGAACUAAACCAAAACACAGACCAUGACAGUCCUAGUAUCAAUUGAAA